UUUUACAAUCUGUCGGCCUAUCGCUGCCUGGUUGCUACAUUGAAAACUGAAAUUGCAGCUUAACGGUGUUGUUGUCAAGUGAUAGUUUGAAGGUUAGGUUUACUACUGUGAUUCUGUUAUUGUAAUUAUUUAUUAUUGCAAAACAUUUGUAAAUGAGUGUCAAGCAAAUAUCAAGUAUUAAUUUAUAUCAGCUAAUGUGAGUAGCAACCUAUAAAAAGGAAACGAAAGUAUGCGUAGCCAUUGUCGAAAUACGGAUCAUUUAUGGUGAUAAUAUGUCAAAGUCAAACAUAAGAAAAAUACCAGUUGACCCUACGAAAUGUAACAUUGACUCUCGGCGUCCAAGUGUAUUUGAAAGAUUAGGCACUAAACCAGCGGCCACAACGACCACCCAAAAUCCUUCAGACUAUUGCAGAAAUUGGGCACUCAACGGCAACUGUUCGUACGGCAAGAGUUGCAAAUAUGCACAUACACAUACUCUGAUAAGCCCUUCGAAACGAGUCAAGAAGGAUAAUGCUCCGACCAAUCCUUCACUGCUCAUCGAAGACCCCUUCAAGAGACUCACCUCAAAGAUUGUGAAGACAAGUUCCCACAGUCCAGACUUAAAUCUAGAAGAGUGGAACCAAACAGACUUGGAAUACGAGGACGAAAAAGUGUUGGAGAGACGACGACAGCUAUUACAAAGAGAGUUGGAGUUGCAGAUGAAAAAGGACAAGGAGGUCCAUGGAAAGGACAAGAUAAAAUAUAAGAAAAAGGCAAUGAGUAGCUCAUCCAGUUCUCGUAGUUCAAGUUCCUCCAGUAGCAGCAGCAGCUCCAGCAGCGACGACUCGUCCUCGAGUUCGACAUCGGACUCGCGGAAAAAGCUGAAGAAGUUCAAAAAGAGCAAGCACGUUGCAUCACCGGCAUUUGACGAGGACAAGGAUGUGCGCAAAAAGUCUAGAGCGAGAACACCGCUGGUCGGAGCGGCUCACGGUAGCAGCACGGCGAGCAGCAGUAAAUCCAAGGAGAGAACUCUGAGCGAAUCACCCAAACCGAAGCCGCGGGACAAGGACAAGGCGAGAGCUGCUGAGCGCGAGAGGGAGCGCGACAGGGAGCGAGAACGCGAUCGGGACCGAGACAAGGAGAGAGAGCGAGACGUGGACAAGGAGCGCUAUCACAAGAAAGCGCGCGAGCUCGAGAACUCGAGCAGCAGUAGUGGCAAGGAGACGGCGUCGCGCAAGCGCAGCACCGAUCGAGGCGACAAGCCGGAGCGCAGGGAGGCCGACAGGGCCAGGCCGCGUGGCUCCGAGGACAAGCCCAAGGGCACCGACAGCGAGCGUAUCAAGGAGUCGCGGCCUAAGGACCGGGAGCGCCGCUCGCGUACGCCCACCAGGCAGCAGCAGCCGGCGCAGACCGACGUGCAGUCGCAGCAGCCGUACGGCAAGGAGCCAUUGGCGGGCAAGGCCGACGGCAGCAAGUCGCGUCCGAAGAACGAGCCGCGCCACACGGACCGGCGAGGUUCGAGCCGCUCGCGCGACGUCCACAAGCGCGAGCGCAGCCGGGACCGCGGCAGCGACGACGGCCCUGUUAGUAAGCGGCCUGCGGGCGCGGCCUCACAGCAGUCCCCGGCCGUGCUGCCGAAGGAGGAACGCGCCCGGCUGCGCAGCCGCGAGCGCAGCAGGGAGCGCGCCCGCUGCGAGGGCAGGGACCGGGCGCCCGGCGCCGGUGCACAGCGCUCCCGGGAACGCGAGCGAGACCGCGAGCGUGAGCGCGACAGGGACCGGGAGCGCGAACGCGAGCGCGACCGGGAGCGCGAGCGCGACGCGCACAAGGGCCGUGGCUCGCGCGAGCGUCGGCGGUCCGCGGAGCGCGGCUCGCGUUAUAAGCCGGCCGCGGUCACGGCGCCGAGCGCCGGCGGCAAGGAGUCCGAGUCCGCGGCAAAGGUUCGUCCCGGCAAGGCGCAACCGCAGCUGUCCUCGUCCGCGUCCUCCAGCUCGCGCUUCCCGCCGCGCGAGCGCUCCGUCGAGCGCACGCCCCACGGCCACCGGCGGGCACCGUACAAGGGCCGCGCCAGUGACAGUCCCCGGCCCCGCGGCAGCCUGGAAGCCUACGGCGGUCGCAAGCUGCCGCCACCCGCGGGUGCGACGCAGGAUCAGUGGCCAGGCCACGAGCCGGAGGAGGGUACCGACUACCGCGAGGACGAGGUGCCGCCGCGGGCCCGGUCGGGCAAGCGCUACCAGGAGCGGCCGUCCUCGCGUGGCCUCCAGUAUCUCGAGCCGGCCACCGGCCGCGACGAGGGCGGCGCCGACAGCUGGGAGGCGCUGCAGCAUCACGAGGCCGGCGCAGGCGCCCAGGACUGGGAGGAGCGCGAAUGGCGCGGCGCCAGCCGAAGUGCGCUCUGGGACCGCGAGGGCCUGACGCACGCGGACGUCCUUGAGGUUGAGUGGCCCGGGUCCAAAUACGAGGCCGACUGGAAGCUGGCCGACGCGCGCAAGUGGGACCUUCGGCCCUACAGAGGCGAGCUCGUCGAGGCUGGGCAGCCGCAACAGCAGCAGCACGGCUGCAGCACGAGCAAGCGGAGGUCUUUCAACGCGCCCGAACAACGCGAUGAAGGGCCGCUGGCGACGAGUCACGCGGCCAAGCAGGCCCUCCACAACAGCAUGAAGGACGAGCCCAUCAACAAGAAGUUGAUGGAGCUGGCCGAGGGCAGGCCGCGCCGUAGCCGCGAGAAGUCUGCGGACAGCUUCCACAAGAAGGCGCCAGCGACGAAGGAGCGGCCCGAGUCGAGGGAGCCGGGCGCGGCGCAGCCACAGCCACCGGCGCUGGCUCCGCCUCCGCCGCCCGAGCCAAAGCGGUCGAGCUGUGCGGACGAGGCAGGAGGGCCCGCGCUCUCGUCUCUGCACGCCGAGAGCGACCUCAGCGACAUCAGCGACGAUCCCGAUGACAUCCUCGACAUGGAGGACGACCUGCCCGUGGCCAUCGAUAGAAGGCCGCCGCCCGAGGCCGACCGCGACUCCAUCUCCGUCCACAGCCAGGAGCUCUCGCAUGCCUCGCCCAGGGCACCACCGCUUGACACCGAUUCCACCGCCUCCUUCGCCAAAGACAAAGACGGCGCCGAUCCCUACAGUGCCAAAAACCACAUCGAGGAAGAGAGUCUGGAGACUAUGGACUUCGAAGAGAUUUCCGAUGGUGAGCUCGAGGAGGACAUCAAGACGAGCUGCAAAGGGUUGGGCGAUGCUCUCGGGGUCGAUUGGGAGAGCCUUGUCAAUGAGUCGCAACCCCGGCGCUGCUACCCGGCCGGUCACGACAGCGUUCAUGACCGUUGGCAGUGCAAAGCUGUAUUCCAGCGAAUUGGCAUUUCCGUUAAAGCUACGGGUCUGGAGUUGUCGGAACAAAUUUUACAAAAAUACUCGCAUGAUGAAUCAUCGCAUGACCUGCUUCUGAGUAAUGUAGCCUUCUUACAUACAGCGUUGGCCCGGAGAAACUUACUAUCCAAUUCAAUGUACAAACUGAUAAACAAUGAUGACUUACUUUAUAGGUAUAAUAUAAGUGAUAACAAUGCUGAGCGAAUCGACAAUUUCAAGCCAUGUACACUUUUGUACGAAGAAGCUAAAUUGCGUCUCGAGCAGAGCGCAUGAAUGAAAAUGUAAAAUAAAUAAUAAAGUUGACAGGAAUAGCGCUUACUAAUCGAAA